UAGAAAGGGCUGCGAGCUGGGACAACGCUGCCGUUGGCUGUUGUCACUCACUCACUUCCCAACUUUUCUCUGUGAAGAGUUCGAGUUCGGACCGGGCAUUAUCAGUCAACAGCCGGCAGACAGCUCCUUAAGUUGAACCUCGAGGACAAAGGAUCGAUGAGAUUCGAGAAAUAAUUGUCAAGUAGCCGGGGAAGUACAAGGGAAAUCUGGCUGUGAGAUCGAUCCAAGUGAUCUGAUCGGGAUAAAACCAGCCUGUGAUAACAAGGUAACAAAGUGGCUAAACACAGGAAAGAAUGGGAGACUGGAGUAUCUUGCAGAACCUGUUGGAAAGUGCUCAGCAACACUCCACUGUGGUAGGGAAGGUGUGGUUAACGUGUCUCUUCAUCUUCCGCAUUCUGGUGCUGGGGACAGCCACCGAUAAAGUGUGGGGAGAUGAGCAGUCCUUCUUCACCUGUGACACCAAUCAGCCUGGCUGUCAGAAUGUCUGCUAUGACAGGAUCUUCCCCAUCUCCCACAUCCGCUUCUGGGUGCUGCAGAUCAUCUUUGUGUCCACCCCGACUCUGGUCUACCUGGGCCAUAUCUUCCACCUGGUGCGAAUGGAGGAGAAACGGAAGCAGAAAGAAAAAGAGAAGCUGAGCAUAUAUCUGGACGGAGACAAGGAGGCAUUGACACAGAAUGCAGAGAACGUUAAAUGCUCCUUGCUGGAUGAACAGGGCAAAAUUAGAAUGCAAGGAGCUCUUCUCCGUACAUAUUUGUUCAACAUUAUUUUCAAAACCAUUUUUGAAAUUGGCUUUAUUUUAGCCCAAUAUUACCUCUACGGCUUUGAGCUGAAACCUCUCUACAAGUGUAACUACCAACCUUGUACUAACCCCGUUGACUGCUAUAUCUCCCGUCCAACUGAAAAGACCAUUUUCAUCAUAUUCAUGCUGGUCAUGGCUUGCCUUUCACUAGUUUUGAACCUAAUUGAAGUAUGUCAUCUGGGAGUGAAGAAAUAUAGAGACAGGGUCAAGGAAAGUCAUGUCUCAAAGGCCACCUGUAAGCAAAAUGGGGGUCUCUCGCUUGCAGGAAUGCGGCCCUCUGCACCUAGUUACCAAUACCUUUCCAACCACAAUGGGCCACAGCUGUAUAAGAUGGCGUCAAGGUUCAGUGUCUCUCCCUUGACAGAAACAAAUUCUGUGACCCAGCCUUACAAUGGCAAUAUGGCAACAAAGCAAAACCAAGACAACUUUGCCAUGAUGGAUGACAAACAGGAGAGACAUGAGGAGACAAGCUCACUUCCCAGUAGCCAUGUUUCUGUGACCAACAAACGGAAGAAUAGUGACACAAGCAAGCAAAGCAAUCGAACCAGAUCUGAUGAUCUAGCAAUCUGAGUUUCUGGCUGCUUAAGUGAUGAACUGCUGACUAAAGAAAUCAUUCCACUUGAAUUUCAAAAGAAAAGCUCCCCCUAAAAUUUGAAUCUAGCCAUCAAUGGGAAAACUGUCAAAGUGCCAAAUUGACCAACAUGACAAAGUAGAUACAUAGCUCUUAUAUCAACACCAGAAUAAGGUGUCAGUUAUGUUUGAUUUAUAUGCAUUGCAUUGUUGACGUCAUUUGCUUCUUCCAUAUAAAAACACCAGUGUCAGUACAAAGGGAGCAAAAUUGCUCUUUGAAAAUAUUGAAGUUUCAGAAAUCCCCUGUUCCCUUAUUUUAUAAGUUGGAAAGUCCGAUAUUCUCCCUGUUUUCAUUAACAGAGAC